AUAGACUGUAUGAAAGAUGCUAUACAAAUAAAGCUUAUUAUUAUUAUUACAUUUUAGUUUAAUGCAUCUUUGCUGGAUAACAUCUGCAAACAUGAUACUGAACAUGAUGUGGACCUUUAUACUUCUCUUCCUCCUGGGACCAAACGUCUGGCAGGCGAAUGGAGAAGACAAUUCAACACAAAUGUAUUAUGUCAAACUGAUAAUAGAGGAAAGUGCAAUCGCAAACAUAACUGAGACACUGAGCGAGACCUUUGUGAGCAACACACACCUGAAGGUCGACAACCUUCAAACGACAACGACGUGUCAGAGCGUCCCGGACGGCGCCGAGUGCAGCUGCACGCCGGGCUUCAGGUGGAGCGAGACGGUCUGUCAGGAGAACACGUGCACCUUCCCCGGCAACAACACACACACCUGUGUUUCUAACACCACAGUCUCUAUAAAUGGAUCCCUUUUUCUGAACGGGGGGGGGCAUCACAACUGUCUGAAACUAAAAGACUCAAACAAAUUCCAGGAGUGUAACAACAAACUGUUAAAACAGAUGAGAACCGUGUACAGCACUUUGCCAGGAUUUAACACCCUAACGAUUAUAAAAUACAGGGUCGGAAGCGUCAUCGCUGACUUUGAAUUGAACUUUGUUCAAAGCAUCAACCAGCAAGAUUUGAUAAAAAGAUCAGAGAAUCUGAGCAGCAGUCUGUCAGCGUCACUGUCUCUGGAGACUACAGGUGUUGUCCAGUUAAGCCUUCUGUCUCAAAGCCCUGUGUGCAACGAGAAGCACACCCUCAAGUGCACGUUACGGGAGACCCUGAACGCACCACCAGUGUGGCAGCUGAGAAGUAACAACAGAGUAAUAGAGAUAUAUAACGGCACAGAGGCGAUAGUGGUAACUGAACCACAGGAGACCAGGGUCACACUCACAGUCCUUUCUAAACUCUGGGAAGGAGAGUAUUCAUGCACCUAUCAUCAACAGUUUGACUCCAUCAACAUUUCCCACAAAGCCAGUUUUGUUCUGGACCUGGCGCUGCUGCCCGACAUCCUCAUCACCACAGAACCUGCAUUUCCACGCUGCAAACAAAGUUCAGACCUUCAGCUGGUGAGAGUCCGAUGUGAGACAGGAAACAGCUCUGAACAAUAUGUUGUCUCGUGGACACACGAAGACGUCUUUCAUGGUGCGUCGGAACAAACUGAAUAUGGUUUUGCAGUUGAAGCAAUUGUUAGCUGCACAAAACCCUUGAAGACGCCUCGGAUGACGUGCACCUUCAGGAACAGGUGCAAUAAAACGAGAGCGGCAUCGACUGACGUCAACGUCAUCUAUGGAAAUUAUAGUUUCUGUGCAGCUGACGGCGACUGGGGAGAAACUAAAGCUGGAUUUACAGCCGUGUUGAAAUGCACAGAGGCGGCUGGACAAAGACGAAGGGACUGCAAGCUGAGCGCCACACAGGGAACAUGGGGGCCCGAGGUGUCAGCGUGUGUGAACCGUGACUUGGACCUUGUGCUGCAGACUGCAAACAUGGUUGACAACGGACUCGGCUUGAUGGAUGAAAAUGCUGCCGGCGUGUUUUCCCAGCUGGAAAGCGUCACUAAUGACUUGCAGUCUAUCAACACUUUCCCCAACAUGAACGCAUCUGUUCAAGUCUUCAUGAGUCUGAGUCACAAGCUAAAUUACAUAAACAAUGAAACAACAGCAAAUGAUUUUCUGGAUUCAUCCAGCAAUUUGCUGGAAAAGUCUCUUCCCGAAUCAUGGACGACGACGGCGGACGAAGACAGCGUGUCAUUGGCUGAGAGAUAUCUGAGUUCUGUUGAGCAUCUGAUUUAUUUAACAAACGUAACAAAUGUCCCUAAAAAGAAAAACAUAGAGGUUGCCACAUCUAUUUGCACGCAGAAGUCACAUUGUAACAACACGGUGUUCAACGUCACCGUCACCGUGGAUAGUCCGGACCCCGGCAGCGUGAAGACAGCGGGCUUUAAAGAACUGGAGAACUAUUUGCCCAGCAAGGAUGAGACGUUCAAGCCCAACAGCAUCGUGGUGUCGACGACGACUGAGAGCAAACAGCGGGCCGCAGUCGAGGUUAGAAUCCACUUUCCGCUGCUCAAGCCGAGGCCUCGCAACGUGCAGAUGAAGUGCGUGGCGUGGGACAACAGCAGCCAGGACUGGUCCGGAGACGGCUGCGAGUGGCAAGGUUCUUCUGAUGAGGGGCUUUGUAUCUGCAAACAUUUGUCCUCCUUCGCCAUCCUCAUGUCGAGGUACCCGGUGCACAUCAUAGGGCUCACCGAGGUCACGUACGUCGGACUCUCCGUGUCCGUCAUAUCUCUCGUCAUCAGCCUCACGAUAGAGCUGAUGGUCUGGAGCGCCGUCGUGAAGACGAACACUUUGUAUCUGCGCCACACCGCCCACAUCAACGUCUCUCUGUGUCUGCUCGUUGCAGAUCUCUGUUUCUUAGCAUCUUCUAGUCCAAGUCACGUUUCAGAGAUGUGGUGCCGGAUCUUUGCGGUGCUGAAGCACUUCUGCUACCUGUCCAUGUUCUUCUGGAUGUGGUGUCUGAGCAACAUGCUGCUCCAUCAAACCAUCUUCCCCAUGCACAGCGCCAGCAAGAAGACCUACUUGAGGCUGUCGUUGUUCCUGGGCUACAUGUGUCCUCUGCUGAUCGUCGUCAUCACCUUUCUGUUCUAUAAAGCCGGAGCUGAAGGCGAGUACUUCUCCAGAGAGACCUGCUGGCUGCUCUACUCUGGACUCAUGGCGGGUUCCAUCCACACGUUUGUCGUCCCCGUCGGCAUCAUCAUCUGCGUCAACGUGUUCUCCAUGAUGGUGGUGAUCAUGAAGCUUUUGGAUCACCGGAAGAAUACAGAAAGCUCUAACAAGAAGGACGCCAAGGUGGCCAUAACCGUCAUGAGGUCCGUUAUUCUUCUGACGCCAAUCUUCGGCGUGACUUGGAUCUUCGGCUUCGCCGUGAUGCUGCUGGACCUCACGUCCGGAGCCAUAGCUUUGUUGGUCAACUACGUGUUCACCCUGCUGAACGCGUUCCAGGUACAGUAUGACCCGCAGGUGGACGUCCCGCUGUCUGUCCGGCUCAGUAACCUUUCGUCACUUUGUUUUUAGGGUUUGUUCAUUUUGUUCACAACAUGCGUGCUGGAGAAACCGGUAAGAUGUUUCUUCUUAAGCAACUUAAAUCAUAACGCACUUACAUUUAUAUACAUAUUUAAAGCAUCUUAUACGUCUUCACCAGUAUUCAGAUCAUUCACUGCAGUAGAAAUACUCUGUUACUAGUAAAGUCCUGCAUGCAAAGUCUGACUUCAGUCAACGAGUAUCAGCGUUACAUAUUCUUAAAGUCGUGAAACUAUAACUUCUAUUAUAAUAAAGACAUCUGUUAUCGGCUGCACAAAGCUUCAUGUGAGUUAUCAGACACAACACAAGUUGUUUUAAAGAAGUGAGAUGUGUAAUUAGAAACGUGACGCAGUAUAGCAUUAAUGAAAAGGUUUUAUUUUCACAGACCCGGGACGCUCUUCUGACUCGUCUGAAGAAACGUGUAAG